GCCCCGCCCGCCCGCCGGCCGGCCCGGGGUGACAGGCGAAGCGCCGCCCGUUGUCAGGGUACCAUGGCGGCCGGUGCGUGGGGGACCUGCGGCUCGUCGCUGCUCGGCGGCCGGCUCAACGCGCUCCGGGCCGGGCCCGUCCUGCUGAGGAGGCUGAGUUCUUAUGAUGUGGCCAUUGUUGGAGGAGGAAUCGUUGGACUAGCAUCUGCCCGAGAACUUAAACAGCGGCAUCCCAAGCUAACCUGCAUUGUGUUGGAAAAGGAAAAAGAACUCGCUUUCCAUCAGAGUGGACACAACAGUGGGGUUAUUCACAGUGGCAUUUACUACACGCCGGGAUCUUUAAAGGCCAAACUCUGUGUGCGAGGUGCUGAACUAAGCUAUGCUUAUUUUGAGAAGAAAGGUAUCCCUUACAAAAGAUGUGGCAAACUUAUUGUUGCUGUUGAACAAGAGGAAAUUGCCAGGUUAAAAACUCUGUUUGAACGUGGAAAGCAGAACAAUGCCCCGGGCCUGAGACUGAUUGAUUCCAAGGAAAUCCAAGAGCGAGAACCCUACUGCAGGGGAUUGAUGGCUUUGGAUUCCCCAAACACAGGGAUUGUGGAUUGGAGAGAGGUGUCCCUGUCAUAUGCAAAGGAUUUCAGUGAAAUGGGUGGGAAGAUAGAAACGCAAUUUGAAGUUACUGACUUCCAAACUAACAAAGAAAGCGCAGAGGGCCAUACAGGUGGUCUAAAGUAUCCAAUAACAAUCAAAAGUGCGAAGAAAACUGCAGUACACUGCAAGUACGUUGUGACCUGUGGAGGUCUCUAUUCAGACAGACUGUCACAGAAGUCUGGCUGUAGUCGGGAGCCACGUAUUGUGCCUUUUCGGGGAGAUUACCUGGUGCUAAAACCAGAGAAGCACUAUCUAAUAAAAGGGAACAUUUAUCCUGUUCCAAACCCCAAAUUUCCUUUCCUUGGUGUGCACUUUACGCCCAGAAUGAAUGGGAGUGUCUGGCUUGGACCCAAUGCAGUUUUGGCAUUUAAACGAGAAGGUUACAAUCUUUAUGACUUUGACCUGCGUGACUUUACAGAUGCAGUAUGCUAUAGUGGGCUUCAAAAGCUUGCACUGAGACAUAUGGCGUUUGGCCUGACCGAGAUGUACAGAGGGAUCGUGAUCAGUGCUCAGGUGAAGCAGCUGCAACGAUACAUCCCGGAACUUACCGCCAAAGAUGUCAUGAGAGGCCCGUCGGGAGUGCGAGCACAAGCCCUGGACAGAGACGGUAACCUGGUGGAUGACUUUGUGUUCGAUGGCGGCUCCGGGCCGAUUGCCAGCCACGUUCUGCACGUUCGAAAUGCGCCUUCACCUGCAGCCACCUCGUCCCUGGCCAUUGGCGAAAUAGUUGCCGAUGAAGCGGAGAAAAGGUUCAAGCUGUAGAUGCUCUUCAUGCCCAAGCCAACUUGGGAACAUUGUACUGGUACAAAAUAUUUAAACUCAGGGUGAAAUUGGAAACGGUUGGGAAUAUAAGAACAACCUGUUUUUUCGGGUGCAGUUUGCAUAAUAUUUGAGUCCAACAGAUGUUUCUGAUUUUAAAAUAGUUUUAUGAAUAUAACGUAAAAAUUCAGGCCGGUUACACUAAAUCCAUUUUGCUCAGCAUUUUGUUUCUGAAUUCGAUAAAUGGUAUGACUUUUUUU